AUGGAAGUAUUGUGUGACAACCACCAGAGAGGAAAGGAAGGGCAAGAGAGGCCUUAUUCCUCAGGGACGGUGGACAUAGAGAACAGGAGGGACCCGAGGGCGUCUGGGGGCGGGCUGGAGGCAGAGCCCAUUGGCGCAGGAAGAGGGGAGGACAGGAGCCGAGCCAGGGCACCGGGGCGCAGUGCUCCCGGAGGCAGACACGGACACGUCUGCGUCUCCCCGACAAGUGCCUUCAAGCCCGGCGGGGAGACACCUCCGCUGUCCGCGGGGCCACGGCCUGCCCACUCCGCGGGUGCCGCCGUCCUCCGCGGGGCAGCGGGGAGGGGUGGGGAGGGGAGCGAGGGGCGCGGGGCGGGCCCGGGGGCGCGCGCUCCCCAGUCCAGGCGCAGGGGCGCAGGGGCGUGGGGCGUGAGCGCGGGGCGGGGCGGGGUCCCCCGGGGCGCUGCAGGGGCGGAGGCGGGGCCGCCCACUGCCGACGGCGAGAGCGCAGCGGGGCGCACGCGGGCCGGCGGGAGACGCGCCGGAGCCGGCCGGGAGCGGACGCCGCAGGAUGGCCGAGGUGAGGGCCUGCGCGCGGGACGCGGACCUGGCCCGUCCGUCCGUCCGUCCGUCCGUCCGUCCCUCUGCUUCUCACGCUUUAUCUAUCUCGCGCGGCGACGCGGCCGCGGACCCCGCCGGGCUUGCCCUGAGCGCCGACGAGGGGGACCGCGGACUCGUGAGGAGGAGAUGCGGACGCGCGCGGCGGGAGGCCGACAGUCCCGUAGGCGCAAAAGUUUCAGGAGCGCGGGCGGCGGCGGGAGGCGCGAGAAGGCGUGGGCACGGCUCCACCCCGUGACCGUGACCGUGACCGUGAGCGUGAGCGCGGCCCGGGACGCCGUGCUGGUGUCCCCUCCUCGGGGCGCGCGGAGCAGUGACGGCGCGGAGCGGGGACGCAAGGUCGCUGUCCCCCUCAGCCCGGCGUGGCGGCCGCGCGCUCCGGCAGCUCCGGUUCCCUGCUGGUCCCGGGGCCUGACCCGCUGGCCCAGGAGACACCGCGGGCGCGGACCCCGGCCCGGCCUUUCCCGCACGCAGCGGGACGUGUUCCACCCAGGACUGCGUGAUUUGGUGUCGGGGCUCGUGGACCGGAUGACAGUGACAGGGAGGGCAGCCCGCAGCUCCCAGGAAUAUCUGUGUAAUACAUUCACAGUCUCCCAAGUACUGGGCCAGCUGAUCAUCUUUCCAGGGUACUGCUCCCAUCCUUGGGUCUGGCACAGAGUGAAUACUCCUUGCUUGGUGAAGGCUAUUGAAUGGGGGAAUAUAUUUUGUUUCCUAAGUGCAGUGUAUGCUCUGCACAGCACUUACAUUGCCACACAGACAUGUAUUUAUUCUCCUCUUUUGCAGGCUAUCGGCUGUACUCUGAACUGUAGUUGCCAAAGCUUCAAACCUGGGAAAAUAAACCACCGUCAGUGUGAGCAAUGCAGACAUGGAUGGGUGGCUCAUGCACUAAGUAAGCUGAGGAUUCCCCCCAUGUAUCCAACAAGCCAGGUGGAAAUUGUCCAGUCCAAUGUGGUGUUUGACAUCAGCAGCCUCAUGCUGUAUGGAACCCAGGCUAUCCCUGUGCGCCUGAAAAUCCUUCUAGACCGGCUUUUUAGUGUGUUGAAGCAAGAUGAAGUACUCCAGAUCCUCCAUGCCUUGGACUGGACCCUGCAAGAUUACAUCCGUGGAUACGUGCUACAGGAUGCAUCAGGAAAGGUGUUGGAUCAUUGGAACAUCAUGACCAGUGAGGAAGAAGUGGCCACCUUGCAGCAGUUCCUUCGUUUUGGAGAGACCAAGUCCAUAGUGGAGCUCAUGGCAAUUCAAGAGAAAGAAGAGCAGGCCAUCGUCAUACCAUCUUCCACAACAAAUGUAGACAUUAGGGCAUUUAUUGAAAGCUGUGGCCACAGAAGUGCUAGCCUCCCCACCCCUGUAGACAAAGGAAGCCCUAGCAAUGUGCACCCUUUUGAGAACCUCAUAAACAACAUGACCUUCAUGCUGCCUUUCCAGUUCUUCAACCCUCUGCCUCCUGCACUGAUAGGGUCGCUGCCUGAACAGUAUAUGUUAGACCAGGGUCAGGACCAAAGCCAUGACCCCAAACAGGAAAUCCACGGGCCAUUCUCUGACAGCAGCUUCUUAACUUCCAGCUCCACACCAUUUCAGAUUGAAAAGGAGCAGUGUUUAAACUGUCCAGAUGCUAUUACUCAAAAAGAAGACAGUGCCCAUUUAAGUGACUCCAGCUCCUAUAGCAUUGUUGCUAAGCUUGAAAGGACACAGUUAUCCCCCGAGGCCAAAGUGAAGCCUGAAAGGAACAGCCUUAGCACAAAGAAAGGCCGAGUAUUCUGCACUGCGUGUGAGAAGACCUUCUAUGACAAGGGCACUCUCAAGAUCCACUACAACGCCGUCCACCUGAAGAUCAAGCAUAAGUGCACUAUCGAAGGAUGUAACAUGGUGUUCAGCUCCCUGAGGAGCCGGAACCGCCACAGCGCCAAUCCCAACCCUCGGCUCCACAUGCCAAUGAAUAGAAAUAACCGAGACAAAGAUCUCAGGAACAGCCUGAGCAUGGCGAGUUCUGAGAGCUACAAGUGCCCAGGAUUCAUGGUGAUGUCUCCAGACUGUAGACCUCUCCCCGGCUACCCUGGUGCAGGAGAGGAUACGCCAGGCCAACCAGCCUUCUCGAGCAUUGGCCAAAAUGGCGUGCUUUUCCCCAACCUAAAGACAGUCCAACCGGUCCUUCCUUUCUACCGCAGUCCAGCCACUCCCGCUGAGCUCGCAAACACACCUGGGAUACUACCUUCUCUCCCUCUGUUGUCCUCCUCAAUCCCAGAACAGUUGGUUUCCAACGAAAUGCCAUUUGAUGUUCUUCCCAAGAAGAAAUCCCGCAAGUCCAGCAUGCCUAUCAAAAUCGAGAAGGAAGCUGUGGAGAUUGCUAAUGAAAAGAGACACAGUUCAGAUGAAGACAUGCCCCUGCAGGUGGUCAGUGAAGAUGAGCCAGAAGCCUGCAGUCCCGUGUCAGCCAGAACACCCGAGGAGCAGCACACACUGUCGGGAAGCUCAGGAAAGCCUUUCCCCCAGGGAGAAAGGCCCUGCCACCUGGACUCAGUGAUUGAGUCUCAUGGAGCCAUCAGCCGAACCUCUGAGCAAACCACACACAGUUCAGAAAGGGAGGCCGAGCAGAAGCUAGCAUUGACCUUGGUGCCAAAGGAGGUUGAUGGUGACAGCCGUGAACACCACUUCACACCGGGAAUGGAGCCCCGAGUUCCUUUUCCUGACUAUGUGGAACUGCAGCAGCGCCUGCUGACCGGAGGACUUUUCGGUGCUUUAUCCAGCAGGGAAAUAACCUUUCCUUGUCUGGAAGAGUCUAAAGAACUGCAGCACGUGAAUCAGCAUGCAUUAGCAAGGCAGAAAGAAGAAACUCGCUUUCAGUGUGACAUCUGCAAAAAGACCUUCAAAAGUGCUUGCGGGGUGAAAAUGCACCACAAGAAUAUGCACGCCAAAGAAGCACACACGUGCACAGUGGAAGGCUGCAGUGCCACUUUCCCCUCCCGAAGGAGCAGAGACAGACAUAGUUCAAACCUAAGCCUCCACAAAAAAGUGUUGAACCAAGAAGAAUUGGAGAGCAGUGAAGAUCAUUUCCCUACAGCCUACCUUCUGAAAGAUGUGGCUAAAGAGGCCUAUCAGGACAUAGCUUUCACACAGCAAGCAUCCCAGACAUCUGUCAUCUUCAAGGGAACCAGUCGAAUGGGCAGUCUGGUUUACCCAAUAGCCCAAGUCCACAGUGCCAGCCUAGAGAGCUACAACUCUGGCCCCCCAAGCGACGGUACUGUCCUAGAUUUGAGCACUACCUCGAGCAUGAAGUCGGAGAGCAGCAGCCAUUCUUCCUGGGACUCUGACGGGGCCAGUGAGGAAGGUAUUGUGCUUAUGGAGGACAGUGAUGGGAACUGUGAAGCACAAGGUCUUGUCCCUGGGGAAGAUGAGUACCCGAUCUGUGUCCUGAUGGAGAAGGCUGACCAGAGCCUUGCCAGCCUGCCUUCUGGGUUGCCCAUAACCUGUCACCUCUGCCAAAAGACAUAUAGUAACAAAGGGACCUUUAGGGCCCACUACAAAACCGUGCACCUUCGGCAGCUCCACAAAUGCAAAGUGCCGGGCUGCAACACUAUGUUUUCAUCUGUUCGCAGUCGAAACAGACACAGCCAGAAUCCCAACCUGCACAAGAGCCUGGCCUCGUCUCCAAGUCAUCUCCAGUAACAAAAUGACAGGACAAAAACUGUGACAAGUGUUUGUCAUAAAUCAGGAAUAAGGUAAUCCAAAGAAAUGCUGGGUAAGCCAGGCAAAAAAUAUUUAAUUUACCUAUUUAGUUUUUUACAGCAGGAGAUGCAAAAGACAAGCUUUGUGGGAAGUUGACUUUAGGGUAGCCCUUCCUAUUAUUAUUUUUCUUAACCCAAGAGGUGUUUUCACUGACAAAAAGAAAACUUGCAGAAGUGCAGUUUUCUCCAGAUUUGUUUACACAUUCCCUGGUAGAGCUUCAGGUCUGCAGAUCAACAGUGAGGACCCAGGACCUGGAGGCAGCUUCAAAUGAAGCCCGCAGUAUUAAGGGUAUUUGGGGAAGAAAUAUCCUGGGAAAAAGAUUGUUGCCAUAGGCAAGAUCUUAGUCCCAAAGAUUCCAUCUUCAGUUCCUUUUACAGUCUUAAGUCCAGACUUGAGUUGGGGAACAUGACUUUCUGAGACCAUUCCUCCAUUUGGAGUGGAGAAUUGCUCCCUCCCUUGUCCGAAAGUUUCACAUGUUAUUCCAGGGAGUUCCGAGAGGAAGCAAAGUUGGCCUCUGCUGUGUUCCUUAUUAAUUCUUGAUUUAUACUAUGCAUUUAGAAGCUAAGGGGAAAAUAUGCACUUAAAAGUAGUGGUCUUCAAUUUAAUUUAAACUGAUUUUGAUAAUAUUUAACUUGUGUUUGUGUUAUGUAAGUAUUUUGUAUGAGUGUGGAUGCCACAGUGGCACCUCCAGAUCUCUGCUCAGAAGCAGAACAAAUGGUAAUUUACACUUCAAAACCACUGCCCAUUUUCAGUUGAUGAACUUCACUCUGUGUGUUUUGAUCCCCCAUGGAAUAAAUGCAAGCAUGAUCCUGGCAGGAGAUACAUUUUUUUUCAUUUCAAAACAUUUAGAGAACAAGUUUCUGAUGGUUUUUGUGUAUUUUCAAUAUCACUGGAUCUCUCCAUCUUCAGCCUUUUAUAAAUGUACACGAUAAGGAUGAACAUUGAAAUUUCUUUGGUAAAAAGUAGGACAUUGUUGUCAUACUGUAUGUCUUAAUAUUUAACUUAUUCUGAAAUAUAUUCCACACUGUUAUACAUGUUUGCUGUUGUAGAAAGGAACCUUAAUCAUCCCUGUGGAAUGAGACCAUCUCCUGAAAUUUAGCAUUUAUUGUAUCCUAAAAGCCUACAGAGGUUAAAAAGAAACUGAUUUUGUAUUCAGAGUCCAAGUUAACUGUAUUUAAACUCAUGUUGAUUUAACUGAUAAAAAAAUCCUUAAAGAUAAUUAAGGGUUAUAAGAAAUAUGCAUUUGGCCUAGAGAUGGAAAAACCCAAAAACCUAUCACUGAUAAUUUCAGCUUCUUUUUUAAUUUUAAUAAAUGUGACCACUUAAAACUUGUUUCUGCUUAAAGCAAGAUAAAUCUUUCAACUCUUUUGUUACCCAGAUGUUUUAAUAUUCUAAUUUCCUCAAAGUGGAAAAAUUUGUAUACAGAUGUUUUCUAUGAUUUAAUAAAAAUAUA